GGCAUGGAGGUGAGGAACCAGACCAGAAUCCAGAAGUUUAUUCUCCUGGGUUUCCCCACUGUCUUAGAACUUCAGAGACUACUAUUUGUAGUCUUUCUUCUUAUUUACAUCCUCACUCUUUUGGAGAAUGCUAUGAUCAUCAUCCUCAUCAGGACAAAUAGCCAGCUCCAAAAGCCCAUGUAUCUUUUCCUCAGUCACUUGUCUUUCCUGGAGACUUGGUACAUUUCUGUGACUGUUCCCAAACUCCUGAUUAACUUCCUAGCAAGGGACAAAAGCAUUUCCUAUGCAGGCUGCAUGGCUCAGCUCUAUUUCUUCAUAUCACUAGCCAGCACUGAAUGUGUCCUUUUGGCUGUCAUGGCUUAUGACCGCUAUGUGGCCAUCUGCCAUCCACUGCGCUAUCCAGUUAUAAUGACUGCCCAGCUUUGUUUCCAGCUAGCAGUGGGUUCCUGGCUCGCUGGUUUCCUAAAUUCUAUGCUCAAGGUUUCUUUCAUUUCACGUUUGAGUUUUUGUGGGCCCAAUGUCAUCAACCACUACUUCUGUGACAUUUCACCUUUGCUCAAUCUCUCCUGCAGUGACCGCACUGUAGCUGAAUUGGUGGACUUUGUGUUUGCCCUUCUUAUCCUUAUAAUUCCACUCUCUGUCACAAUUGGCUCCUAUGUGUUUAUCUUAGGCACCAUCUUACGUAUCCCUACAACUCAAGGAAAAAGAAAAGCCUUUUCUACCUGUGCCUCACACCUCACAGUGGUUAUUAUGUUCUACUCAGGUACACUUUUCAUGUAUGCAAGACCAAGGAGAAUCCAUUCUUUCAACAUCAAUAAGUUUGUAUCAGUUGUGUAUACUAUUGUUACUCCCAUGCUGAAUCCGUGCAUCUAUUGUCUAAGGAAUCAGGAUGUCAAGGAAGCCCUGAAAAAAGUAUUUUGCAACUUAAGUCCUGACAACGUGGUUAGGACGUUUUAG